AUGGUGUCCCGCAAGGCCCUGGCUGCUCUGCUGAUGGUUCACGUCGCCGCUCUGCUGGCCUCCCAGACGGAAGCCUUCGUUCCCAUCUUCACGCACAGCGAGCUCCAGAGGAUGCAGGAAAAGGAGCGGAACAAGGAGCAAAAGAAAUCGCUGGGCGAACAGCAGAGGUCUGAAGAGGUGGGUCCUCUGGACCCCGAAGAGAUCACCGAGGAAGAAGACGACCAAGUUAUCAAGCUCACUGCUCCCGUGGAAAUUGAAAUGAGGAUGAACUCCAGGCAGCUGGAAAAGUACCGGCCGCCGUGGAAGGGCUGCUGA